AUGGCGGGUAGCAGUCAAUGGCCAAUUGACCUCGCCGAGCAUGUUCGUUCAGGGGAUGUGGGGCAUAAAACAGGGGGAGUAGAGAUGCGGCUAGCUCGUGAAUCCGAGAUGGGCGUCGAGAUGAACAAAACUGGGGACUCCACCAAGCGCAGGGAACGGUGCCUGCAGCGCGCAACGUGUUACAGUAUUAUCGAUGGUUAUCAAGAAGCGGUCGCGUUCGAUCGAAGCAAAUCUGAUAGCUGGCCCAUUGUCGAGGAAGGGAACGACGAAGAUGAAGGCGAGCGCACUGCACGAGACAGAGCACUACGCAAGCAGCCAAGGUACCAACGCCGAGUGGGCAGAGGGAUCGAGACGUUUCAUUAUAGGGCAACCAGACUCCAAGCCAAAACGGAUUGGGAAACUAUCGGGAGCGAGGAGCUAGAACCCAGGAGAAAACGAGGUCCCAAACGGGCCGCCUGCCAAAGGCGUCAGGGCGGGACCUCGUACACCACAUCUGGGGAGGGAAGCAGGAGCCCCAGAGCGUGGAUGGGCGCGAUCGAUGGGAUCAUCGUAGUUAUCAUCAUGGGAAGCGUCACCUUGCCGAGUGCGCUAGCGAGGACCGCACCUCGUGAAAUGGUCGGAAGAAUUACCUACAAAGGUACUUCAAUUGAAAGAAUUGUGUUGCUCAGUUCCGAGGAUAGGGCAAACCAGCGCACCGUCGGGGGCUUGGUAAUGACUAACUAUUCAGUUUAUAUUGUCAAUUUAGUAGCAGAGAUCACUGCGAAUCGCACGAGCGCUGGAUGCCAAGGAGACUGGGCUGUCACUGAUAAAAUCCGAUUCAGCUCUCUGCAACUGCAAGAACCGAGUCAGCAUACCCGGACCAAAAACUGUCACUGCAGCUAUAGCUCGUCAAAUCUGGUUCCGUUGACCGUGCCUGACUCCUCGGUUGUGAAUGCGAAUCGCCCGCGGGCGGCACGGAGAAUCGUACCGAAGCCCGCUGCCAGAGCCCAUGACCACCAGGUCGGUCCCGCAGCAAGACCGAUUGAACAAGAAGUGACCAGAGGUGGCAUAGUGGACGAAGUUAGCCACAGAGAAGGCCGUGCCAAAAAGCUUUGGGGAAGGAUAAACUGUCAGCCAGAUGGGUAG